ACUUUUAAAAAAAAUAAAAAUUUCUGGCACAAAAAUUACACAGCUGCAAGGUUUUUUUCUGAAAAAGAAUAUUCAGACUCAUAGCUUUAAAAAAAAAUAUAUCUGGUUUUGCAGAUGUGGAUGAAAAAAUAUCUAAUCUCCUGACAAAAACCUAGCCCCCUGAUUAUCAAAUAGUCUGAUAAAAACUGAAGCCAGUUUCCCAUGCUGUUAACAUAUUUCACAAGUCAAUGACUUUAUUUAUUUAAAGUUUAUUUAUUUAUGAGUGGCAGCUUUAAUAGAGUCAAUGUCAAAACCUAGAAUACACCCUUAGCAUGCUGGGGUUUCUAUCAAACAUAGUUCAGGAAGUGGGUGGUUGAUGAGUGUGACAGACUCCACUCUGUGAGGAAUCUCGUGUGUCUGGUGCAUGGUGCAGCUCACGGCUGACGCCAAUGUUGCCAGUGUCGGGGAGAAGUUGUCUCCCUUUGCCCAGGUCUCCCAUUGUGUUGUUGCUAGUGCAGUCAGUUCUUGAUAUAAUGACAAGCUUGUUGUCUUGAUACACAUGACUUGUUAACUGCCAUUUGCAUUUUUAGUGUACAAAUUUUCAUAAAUGAAAUUAAUUUAAACAUUAUUUAUUUGAUAAAGUUUAAUACUCUUAAUGCAUCAGAACUUCAGAGAUCAUGUCCCCUGUUAUUUGACAGUUCAGCAAUGACACUGUUUGAUGAGACAUUCAAGUAACUAUAGGUCUGAAAACAAGCUAAAUGAUGGUCUGAGAGAUUACACAAGUACAACUGAUCUGAUACUCCAUCAAUCUCUUGUAUGUCAGUGUAUGUGUGUGUGUCAAAAUGAUAAGCUGCAUGUAGAAAUAUUAAAGUGGCAGUUACAGCCAUUGCACCAGUCAGAGACCAUAUAUUAUAUGGUCUCUGCACCAGUGAACUAUUAUGUUCAUCAUAGAGUUAUGUUCUGAGAGAAUAUCACAAUGCAUUUUAUCUGAGUCUCACUAAAUAGGAAAUGUUACAUCUUGAAAAGAUUUUUCAAACAGAUUUCACAAGGAAUCCACCGUAGUCUGCUUGCUUAGCUUAUGUUUGGUUGUCAGUAUUCAUUUUCUUGUGUUAUUCUAGGUCAACAAGUUUGUGACCAAUGUCUCCUGUUCUAGGUAUCUGUGUGAGUUUCUCAACUCUGUAUUUAUUUAUCUUGGAACAGAAUUAAGUUACUUGUUUGUACACUGUUGUUACAUCCUAUAUAGUUAUUCCUAUAUUCUUUCUAUUUUGUCAGUGAUUUUUUUCACAUUUCCCUGAAUGAUUUGCAUCAAUAAAUUUAACUAGGUGCUGAUAUUGACCAGGAACACGGUAAUAGCAACCACAUAGGUGGUGAGGAAUUAAAUAACAUAGUAUUUUACCUUGUCGGGACUCCUAUCAGAUACUAACUGACCCGGAUUAAGAGCACAGACACAAAUGUCCUAACUAGCUGGCUGGUAACACAAUAAGAGAGUGAUUAGUGACACGGAUGGGUCACAUGGUACUGGUGCACCUGCGCGUGAGAGGAUGCGUAUGGGGAGAUGUUUUUCUGUUCUCCGGGAACACAGCACGUGAACUUUCCACUAGCUUGAGGGAAGAAGCGAUAAGCAUGUAGUAAAAGACGUUUUUACCAUAAAAACUUCAUUAUUCAGUCUUGUGGACACUGCAUUUUUGCUGCAGACAAGCAGAGGUGUAUGUUAUUUUCCAAUGACCCUUGUACAUCCUCACGUUGAUGUGAAGACAAUCAGUAUGUUAUUCAUAGUUGCCAUAGCGUUUCAGUACCCAGCAUGGCUUUAAGCCUACUUGCAGUGGGUGAAUGUAGUUUGUGUUCCCAGACAGACAAAGCUGAAGAACAAGGGCAGAUAUGCAGGGUGCCAUGGCCAGAGUUAGGCUGUCCCACACACUGCUGCAUGCUGCUUGCUAUUGUUCACAUGCCAAACUGGCCAAGUUGACAUCAGAACCAACAGUAUAUACAGAUUGAUGAGCCAUUUUGUAAUUCUCAGUGCCCCCACCAUCUUUGAAUCCUUACAACUGCUACACCCCUCUACAUUAUUUGCAGCCUGGUUUGCUAUUGGUUAUAAGUACUUGCCUGACAUAACAUCAAGUGUAUGUAACAUUGUGGUACUAGUAUGUUUGCUGAGUGUAUGUAACAUUGUGGUACUAGUAUGUUUGCUGAGUGUAUGUAACAUUGUGGUACUAGUAUGUUUGCUGAGUGUAUGUAACAUUGUGGUACUAGUAUGUUUGCUGAGUGUAUGUAACAUUGUGGUACUAGUAUGUUUGCUGAGUGUAUGUAACAUUGUGGUACUAGUAUGUUUGCUGAGUGUAUGUAACAUUGUGGUACUAGUAUGUUUGCUGAGUGUAUGUAACAUUGUGGUACUAGUAUGUUUGCUGAGUGUAUGUAACAUUGUGGUACUAGUAUGUUUGCUGAGUGUAUGUAACAUUGUGGUACUAGUAUGUUUGCUGAGUGUAUGUAACAUUGUGGUACUAGUAUGUUUGCUGAGUGUAUGUAACAUUGUGGUACUAGUAUGUUUGCUGAGUGUAUGUAACAUUGUGGUACUAGUAUGUUUGCUGAGUGUAUGUAACAUUGUGGUACUAGUAUGUUUGCUGAGUGUAUGUAACAUUGUGGUACUAGUAUGUUUGCUGAGUGUAUGUAACAUUGUGGUACUAGUAUGUUUCCUGAGUGUAUGUAACAUUGUGGUACUAGUAUGUUUGCUGAGUGUAUGUAACAUUGUGGUACUAGUAUGUUUGCUGAGUGUAUGUAACAUUGUGGUACUAGUAUGUUUGCUGAGUGUAUGUAACACUGUGGUACUAGUAUGUUUGCUGAGUGUAUGUUUGUGUAGGCACAGAUUGUCAGGAACUGAACAAGGUCUGGGUAUGUCUUACACCAUCAGUGGAGAUUGUUAUUAGAUAUUUUUGUGAAAUAUUCCACCAAAUGCCAAAACAGCUUGUAUGAAAGUAUUGUUGUGUUAUGUGAUUGGGAAGGUCAUGAAGGUUGCUGGCAGUAGAGGGCUGUGACGGGGAUGUAGGGUGCUCGCAGUAGAGGGCUGUGACAGGCGUGUAGGGUGCUGGCAGUAGAGGGCUGUGACGGGAAUGUAGGGUGCUGACAGUAGAGGGCUGUAACGGGGAUGUAGGGUGCUGACAGUAGAGGGUUGUAACGGGGAUGUAGGGUGCUGACAGUAGAGGGCUGUGACAGGGAUGUAGGGUGCUGGCAGUAGAGGGCUGUGACAGGGAUGUAGGGUGCUGACAGUAGAGGGCUGUGACAGGGAUGUAGGGUGCUGGCAGUAGAGGGCUGUAACGGGGAUGUAGGGUGCUGACAGUAGAGGGCUGUGACAGGGAUGUAGGGUGCUGACAGUAGAGGGCUGUGACGGGGAUGUAGGGUGCUGGCAGUAGAGGACUGUGACAGGGAUGUAGGGUGCUGGCAGUAGAGGGCUGUGACAGGGAUGUAGGGUGCUGGCAGUAGAGGGCUGUAACGGGGAUGUAGGGUGCUGGCAGUAGAGGGCUGUGACAGGGAUGUAGGGUGCUGGCAGUAGAGGGCUGUAACGGGGAUGUAGGGUGCUGGCAGUAGAGGGCUGUGACAGGGAUGUAGGGUGCUGGCAGUAGAGGACUGUGACAGGGAUGUAGGGUGCUGACAGUAGAGGGCUGUGACGGGGAUGUAGGGUGCUGGCAGUAGAGGGCUGUGACAGGGAUGUAGGGUGCUGACAGUAGAGGGCUGUGACAGGGAUGUAGGGUGCUGGCAGUAGAGGGCUGUGACGGGGAUGUAGGGUGCUGGCAGUAGAGGGCUGUGACGGGGAUGUAGGGUGCUGGCAGUAGAGGGCUGUGACAGGGAUGUAGGGUGCUGACAGUAGAGGGCUGUGACGGGGAUGUAGGGUGCCGACAGUAGAGGGCUGUAAUAGGGAUGUAGGGUGCUGGCAGUAGAGGGCUGUGACGGGGAUGUAGGGUGCUGGCAGUAGAGGGCUGUGACGGGGAUGUAGGUUGCUGACAGUAGAGGGCUGUGACGGGGAUGUAGGGUGCUGACAGUAGAGGGCUGUGAUGGGAAUGUAGGGUGCUGGCAGUAGAGGGCUGUGACGGGAAUGUAGGGUGCUGGCAGUAGAGGGCUGUGACGGGGAUGUAGGGUGCUGACAGUAGAGGGUUGUAACGGGGAUGUAGGGUGCUGACAGUAGAGGGCUGUGACAGGCGUGUAGGGUGCUGACAGUAGAGGGCUGUGACAGGCGUGUAGAGUGCUGACAGUAGAGGGCUGUGACAGGCGUGUAGAGUGCUGACAGUAGAGGGCUGUGACAGGCGUGUAGAGUGCUGACAGUAGAGGGCUGUGACAGGCGUGUAGAGUGCUGACAGUAGAGGGCUGUGACAGGCGUGUAGAGUGCUGACAGUAGAGGGCUGUGACAGGCGUGUAGAGUGCUGACAGUAGAGGGCUGUGAUGGGGAUGUAGGGUGCUGGCAGUAGAGGGCUGUGACAGGGAUGUAGGGUGCUGGCAGUAGAGGGCUGUAACGGGAAUGUAGGGUGCUGGCAGUAGAGGGCUGUAACGGGGAUGUAGGGUGCUGGCAGUAGAGGGCUGUAAUAGGGAUGUUGGGUGCUGGCAGUAGAGGGCUGUAACAGGGGAUGUAGGGAUGUAGGCAUGUUGGGAUGACGUUUCUGCACAUAGACAUCAAUCACCCUGUGAAUUAAAACAUGUAGUAUGAGGAACAACAGUCACGUUUCUGCUGGUUUCCACAGCAUGACUGCAGUUGAAGGUAUAUGCCACUUCAUGGUGCCAUGUAGCCAUUAUAACCAGUAACACCUCAAAGCAGUUUUCCUAAAUGACCAAACCUGAUCCCGACAAGGUGCCCCAUGGUAGCCGGUAGAGCUGUCACAUGUUUGUAAAUGACAGUACCCACAGUAAUAUUACCAACAGCUCUAGGCCUCCCAUAUAUACUGUACCAAGACCGCAGAUAGUGCUACAAACCCAUGGCAAUAGUUUGAUGGGCCACCAUUAUAAAUAUCUGUUAUGGGCAGUGCAACCCAUUUAUAUGAAAGGGUGGUUAGUUAGGUGGAGAAUUUUAUGUUUUUCAUCCAAACCAUCAAAUGAUUGUGGUCGGACAGACACAUGCUAUUAUAAUAACAUAUAUUAUAACUGUCCAAAAUCUUCUUCAUUGGGGCUGUUUUGCAGGGUGGAGCAGAUUGUCCUAAAGCUUUUGUCAUUGUGGCCAGGAGUGGUGUAUUUUAGGACAACACACCAUGAGAAGGCAUGUCAUUGAAACAGCAAUAGCUGAACAUGUCUGAAUUGGAUUUCUUGGUGCAGUGACAUAGUUUUAAUAUGUAUGCUCCUGUCAGUAUCAAUGACUAUUUUCUGACAAACAUUGAUCAAACUGUUAAGGUCCACAAUAAGUGGAUGUUUUAAAAUCACUCUUAUUCCUGUGGCAACGUUGCUUCAAAUUCCAAUAUGGUUGCUUCUUGUGUUGAUAUUGUAAUAACUGAUUCAGAUGUUAUGUAAAAGUCUAUUCUAAGGAGAGAUUACUAUGGCCUAAAUCUUUGUGAGGCAGCCUGUGUUUGGCAACAUACGGGAGGACCUCAGUAUUGAUAACCUUCAUUACUGGAAAAUCUUAUAUCCGUAGAUUCGACAGAACAAACCACUUGUUUGUGUUGGCUUAUUUGAUGGAACUGGUGAAGCCCUUUAUGUUAGAUAUAAUUCCUGAGGAAGGCCUUUAUGUUAGAUGUAAUUCCUGAGGAAGGCCUUUAUGUUAGAUAUAAUUCCUGAGGAAGGCCUUUAUGUUAGAUGUAAUUCCUGGUGAAGGCCUUUAUGUAAGAUAUAAUUCCUGGUGAAGGCCUUUAUGUUAGAUAUAAUUCCUGGUGAAGGCCUUUAUGUUAGAUGUAAUUCCUGGUGAAGGCCUUUAUGUAAGAUGUAAUUCCUGGUGAAGGCCUUUAUGUAAGGCGUAAUUCCCGGUGAAGGACUUUAUGUUAGGUUAAUUCCCGGUAAAGGCCUUUAUGUUAGAUGUAAUACCUGGUGAAGGCCUUUAUGUUAGAUGUAAUUCCUGGUGAAGGCCUUUAUGUUAGAUAUAAUUCCUGGUGAAGGCCUUUAUGUUAGAUGUAAUUCCUGGUGAAGGCCUUUAUGUAAGAUGUAAUUCCUGGUGAAGGCCUUUAUGUAAGAUGUAAUUCCUGGUGAAGGCCUUUAUGUAAGGCGUAAUUCCCGGUGAAGGACUUUAUGUUAGGCGUAAUUCCCGGUAAAGGCCUUUAUGUUAGGUGUCAUUCCCGGUGAAGGUCUUUAUGUCAGGUGUCAUUCCUGGUGAAGGCCUUUAUGUUAGAUGUAAUACCCGGUGAAGGCCUUUAUGUUAGGCGUAAUUCCUGGUGAAGGCCUUUAUGUUAGGCGUAAUUCCCGGUAAAGGCCUUUAUGUUAGAUGUAAUACCCGGUGAAGGCCUUUAUGUUAGGCGUAAUUCCCGGUAAAGGCCUUUAUGUCAGAUGUAAUACCCGGUGAAGGCCUUUAUGUUAGGCAUAAUUCCUUGUGAAGGUCUUUAUGUUAGGUGUAAUUCCUGGUGAAGGCCUUUAUGUCAGGUGUCAUUCCUGGUGAAGGCCUUUGUGUCAGGUGUCAUUCCUGGUGAAGACCUUUAUGUCAGGUGUCAUUCCUGGUGAAGGCCUUUAUGUCAGGUGUCAUUCCUGGUGAAGGCCUUUAUGUCAGGUGUCAUUCCUGGUGAAGGCCUUUUUAUGUCAGAUGUAACUCCCAGUAUAGGCCUUUAUGUCAGGUGUAAUUCCUGGUGAAGGCCUUUAUGUUAGGUGUCAUUUCUGGUGAAGGCCUUUAUAUCAGGUGUAAUUCCUGGUGAUGGCCUUUAUGUCAGAUGAAAUUCCCGGUGAAGGCCCUUAUGUUAGAUGUUAUUCCUGGUGAAGGCCUUUAUGUGAGAUGUAAUUCGUGGUGUUAGAUGUAAUCCUGACGAAGGUAGAGAUGUUAGAUGUAAUUCUUUGUGAAUGCCGUGAUGUUAGUGAGGAAACAAAUCUUCCUUCAGUUUGUUCUUCCAUGUCCAGCUGUGAAGUGUGAUGGUCAAGUGUGAUGUUAACUGACCACGAGUUACCAGCAUUAACUGUAGCCCCUAGAGGCUUCUAGUACAUAGGUAUGUGAUAUACACUUCUAGUACAAAGAUAUGUGAUAUACACUUCUAGUCCAUAGAUAUGUGAUAUACACUUCUAGUCCAUAGAUAUGUGAUAUACACGGAGCUUAGAGAUGGUUUUUGUUUCAAGCCUGUAUUUUUAUAGAUAUACUCUAGAUUCUGCAAUAAAGCUUGCUGCAUUUGUCA